UAUCUUUCUCCCUCUCCCUUUUCCAAUUACCCUUCACAAUCCUUCUCUUUCUUCGUUCCCGUUCUCUUUCUUCAAUUUCCCAUUACUGCUCUAUACUACUCCCACCUUUUUUGCUUUCUGAAAGCGACCAACAAACCUCUGCUUGCCGCCACUUCUGGGUUUGUGAUUCUCCUUUGUUCCCUCCCCCUUCGGGCGCGCCUAAUUUUCCCUACUUACCCAAUUUUCUGUCUACCUUCUGGUUUCUGGGUCUUUCUUUGUUUCAUUGUUUCCUUUUUUGAAGUGGGAAUUUGUUGUACCAAAUGAUUCCAUGGACCAGUUCUCUAUGACCCAUUUCUGCUUUUGAAUGUUGGUGGAUCACCAGGACUUCGAUUCUGCAUUCCAAGCUCAGUUUGAUGCUGAUUCCGUUGUGAUUUGGAAUUUCAUGUGCCCCCAGUUCUGAGGGUUUUGAUUUUGAAAUACUUGGAUGAGAAUCUCUUUGAUGGGGAUUUUCUAGUCUCUUUGGUUUGUUCAUGUAUUUGGAAUGAAUUGAAUACUUCAUGAUCAGUUCGUUGUUGUCCUGUUUUGGAAUUAUGUACUGCUCGAGACGUUGCUGUUAGCAUCCUGCUUCGUUUGUUUCUCAAAUUCCCUCGUACUGUAUCAGUUCAAUUUGGCAUCGUAUUGUUCUUAUGCUCUCUAGAAUUAGAAACUUGUUCUUUAGAUUUUCUCUUAGAAUUGCUUGCCAUGAGAAUUAACUAGCUACAGGCUUGGAGCUCAGGUAUUUUGUUCUUCCCAUUUAGUUAGAUGGCCGAUUCACAUGAACCAUCAUCAUCUUUGAGCUUCACUUCUUCUUCAUAUACAAAUGGGUCACCGAGUUGUAACAUGUCCACCUCUUCUGUCUCUGAUCCAGUGCCUAGUCUUGAAGUGAUUAGUUUAAACAAGCUUAGCUCUAAUUUGGCACAGCUUUUGAUUGAUGAUGGUUGUGAUUAUGCUGAUGCGGAUAUUGUAGUUGAGGGCGUUCCAGUUGGUAUUCACCGAUGUAUUUUGGCUGCUAGGAGUAGGUUUUUCCAUGAUCUUUUUCAGAAAGAUGCAAAGCCGUCAAUGAAAGAUGGUAAAGCACAAUAUGAUAUGAAUGAGCUGUUGCCUUAUGGCAAGGUUGGAUAUGAUGCCUUCUUGAUAUUGUUGAGUUACUUGUAUACUGGAAAGCUGAAGUCAUCUCCUGCAGAUGUGUCGACUUGUGUCGACAAUUCAUGUGCCCAUGAUGCUUGUGGACCUGCUAUUGAUUUUGCAGUGCAAUUAACGUAUGCAUCUUCCAUAUUUCAAAUUCCGGAGCUGGUUUCGUUGUUUCAGCGACAUCUGCUUAACUAUGUUGUGAAGGCUUUAGUGGAAAAUGUUAUCCAAAUCCUAGUGGUAGCUUUCCACUGCCAAUUGAGCCCUCUUGUCACUCAAUGCAUUGACAGAAUAGCUCGAUCUGAUCUUGAUUGUGCUUUCCUCGAGAAAGGACUUCCCUAUGAGGUUGCUGAAAGCAUUAAAUUGGUUCGGCUCAAGUCUCAGGGCGGCGAUGAGCAAAACCUUAUUGCUGAUAGUCCUCGUGAUAAGAGAAUCAAGAAAAUAUGCCAGGCAUUAGAUUCAGAUGAUGUUGCACUCAUGAAACUUCUUUUAUCUGAAUCAGAUGUAACACUAGAUGAAGCCAAUGCCCUGCAUUAUGCUGCAGCGUACUGCGAUCCCAAAUCUCUGUCUGAGGUUCUUAAUCUGAAUAUAGCUGAUGUAAACCUACGAAAUUCACGUGGUUAUACCGUCCUUCAUGUUGCUGCAAUGCGUAAGGACCCAUCGGUGAUAAUGUCCCUUCUUAACAAGGGAGCUCGGGCAUUUGAUUUGACUCUGGAUGGUCGGACUGCUGCAAAUAUCUGUCAGAGGUUAACAAGGCCAAAGGAUUAUCAUGCUAAAACAGAGAAGGGGCAGGAAACAAACAAAGACCGUUUGUGCAUUGACAUUUUAGAGAGAGAAAUGUGGAGGAAUCCAACUUCAGAUUCAUCCAUUCUUUCCCUCACGAUGGCUGAUGAUGUGCACAUGAAGUUGAUUUACCUGGAAAACAGAGUAGCAUUUGCACGAUUACUCUUCCCAUCUGAGGCCAAGCUAGCUAUGGACAUUGCAAAUGCUGACACAACUUCUGAGUUUGUUGGUCUUUCUACGCCCAAAAAUUCAAAUAAGAAUCUGAGGGAAGUUGAUUUAAAUGAAACACCAAGUGUACAGAAUAAAAGAUUUCUUUCCAGAAUGCAGGCCCUUUUGAAAACAGUGGAAACGGGUAGACGCUACUUUCCUAACUGCUCAGAAGCAGUGGAUAAGUUCGUGGCAGAUGACCUUCCUGAUCUAUUGUUCCUUACGAAGGGCACAGUCGAAGAGCAACGGAUUAAGCGGAAGCGUUUCAAGGAGCUUAAAAACGAUGUUCAGAAGGCAUUUGAUAAAGACAAGGCUGCCAAGCUCAACCAAUCUAGGUUGUCGCCAUCUUCAUCCUCGACAUCGUUGAAGGAUGGUGCCAAUCCCAGCAAGGUUAGGAGACCAUUAUGUAUUUAAGUAGAAUAAUCUCAGGAAAUUGUCAAAAUAGAACGUUUAGGUUUUCACCUUACAAAACUAGCAUGUUUGAAAAUUCGUAAAAAUAGUUUUUCUCGUUCCAUCUUUGGUGAGAUCGACCAUCGAGAAUUGAUUAAAAAAAUCAACUUUUUCUAAGUAUCGAUUAUUAUUUUGGGUCUUCUCGAUA